GCGGAAGUGUAAGUGUGUGUGUAACCGCGGUAUGAAAAUGGCGAGUUAAGGGAAGCCACCGCUACUCAUAGGGUGUUAUUUGCGUGUGUUCAGGAGGAUCAUGGGAAACGCCAGCAGUGAGAGAAGUGUACAAGGUGAGAAAAGCCAGAGGAGCCGCGGCGGUAAAGACGCUAAAAUCCUCCUGACUGAUGAUUCGGACCUGUUCCAGGAUGAUGCCAAGGAGUUCCUGGCGUGGCAGAAGGAUGCUCAGGCGGAGAGAAAGUGUCCAGUCGAUCACCCCACAGUGUUUCAGUGGUCCGGUCCGGCGAAAGACGUUUAUCUGUCCGGUUCCUUUAAUAACUGGGCCACAAAAAUCCCUCUGUCCAAGAGUCACAAUAAUUUCACGGGAAUCGUCGACCUUCCUGAAGGAGAGCAUCAGUAUAAGUUUUACGUAGAUGGACACUGGACUUUAGAUCCUAAGAAGCCUGUCAUCACCACUAAAUCCGGCAUAGUCAACAACGUGGUUCUGAUACGCAAGACGGACUUCGAGGUUUUCGACGCACUGAAAACCGACUCGGAGAUCUGCGCCGACAUGUCCGACGUCUCCAGCUCUCCUCCCGGACCGUACCAUCAGGACCCGUACUUGAUUACAGCAGAGGAGCGACUGCGCUCUCCCCCCAUCCUGCCUCCUCACCUGCUGCAGGUUCUGCUCAAUAAAGACACCGGCAUCUCAUGUGAUCCCGCUCUACUUCCUGAACCCAACCAUGUGAUGCUCAACCACCUGUACGCGCUCUCUAUCAAGGAUGGCGUGAUGGUCCUCAGCGGCACUCAUCGCUACAAGAAGAAAUAUGUCACUACACUGCUCUACAAACCCAUAUGAGCUUCAUCAUAUGUGGCUACGUCUCAAACUGUGUUUUCAACACUAUUCACACACACACACACACACACACACACACACACACACACACACACACGAGGAGGAAACCAAAAUUCAGACAUGAAGCAGCUGUAGCUACCACAGUCCAUAACUGUGUUUUAUAAGCUACAUUCCAGUAAAGUAUUAGCUUGAUUAGCAUUUUAAAGCCUGUGUGAGUGUUUAUAUUGAAGAUUCAUUCUCCAGCACUGAUUUAUUUACUUUACUGAAUUUUGAUGUUAUGAAAUAUUUUUUAUAACGUUCGUUAGCAUACAGUCCAGUCUAAAGGUGAAAUUUCAUACUGAACGAGUGAUGUUUCCUGUUCAGUAAAUAAAUAAAUUGUUGGAUAAAACCUUCUGAAACUGUUA